AUCAACUCUAUCAUCACCUCACGCCAACUCCUACCAAACCAACGCCAAACCGCCGCCAUGGCCAGCACCGCAGCCGCAGCCGCCACCCUAACCCGCUACAAACUGGUCUUCUUUGUCCCCCCUUCCUCCCUCUCUGCCUGCAAAACCGCCAUCUUUGCCGCCGGCGCCGGCCGCUACCCUGGUCCCGGUUCCUACACCGAAGUCUGCUGGACCACCCUCGGCACAGGCCAGUUCCGCCCCGGUGAUGCUGCUAAGCCGGCUAUUGGGACCGUGGGGAAGCUCGAGGUGUUGGAGGAGGUGAGGGUCGAAACGCUGUGUCAGGGGGAGGAGGUGGUUAGACGGGCUGUGGAGGCUUUGAAGAGUGCGCAUCCGUAUGAGGAGGUAGCGUAUGAUGUUGUUAAGUUGGAGGAUUUUUGAAUGGCUCUUGUGGGGGAUGAACGUGGGAUUGGAGAUGGAUGGAGGUUUCGUUGGACUUGUUGGUAGGUGGAAUUUUGCAGAGUUUUGGCGCAAGGAAUGAUGAGCUUGGGUUGACUUCUAGAUGGAUGCUACAAGUAUUACCGAACUAUAAGGGGAUGAUGGCAGCUCUAUGAACUGAAAUUGGAGAUUACAUUACUUUAGUAGCCUACGAAUUUCCACACAUUCAUUCCAGUACUACUACCAAUUUAAACCCCACACUACUUCCAAAAAUUAAAAUCUACUUAC